UCUUGUUAUAUUGGCACACUUCUUGCACAUUGAGAAAUUUUGCACAUUAGUACUUAUAGUGAAAGUUUACUACUGAUAGUUGGAACUUUGUUCUACAUGCAGUUGGCACAAUGAAGCAGAAAUGGAUAAUCUUUCUGUCUCUUUUGGGACUAUUCACUAUAACUUUUGGUGAAAGAAAAAGGUCAGCAUCAAAUACUGAAGUUGAUGAAAACGAUCAAAUUCAAGCAGAGAACAUAUUUAUCCCUAUCUAUCUACAACACGAUCACCCUGCAGUCUAUGAAGUUCCGGAGUCCGUAGCAAACUAUCCGCGUUCAGACUAUGGUAAUGAUCAAUUGGUUCUUUCGUCACCUGGGCCUUCUUCGAAUAUUCUUCCACGCCCGAAUGAUCACUCAACAGUAGGGAUAAGGUAUGAAGAUGGACAUAGCAACUAUCACAUCAAAAUCAACCCAAUUCCUGGAAUACCUGGAGAAGAUUAUCCUGUGUUUUCACAAGUUCCCUUCACCAGAUUUAGAUGCAAAGAUGUGCCCUAUCCUGGAUUUUAUGCUGAUGUUGAAAGUGGAUGUCAGGUUUGGCAUUACUGCCAACUAGACAGCCGUCAAGACAGUUUUCUUUGCACGAACGGAACAAUAUUUAACCAGGAAACUCGAGUGUGUGAUUGGUGGUACAAUGUCAACUGCCCUGACUCUAUCUACCUUUACGGUGUUAACGCCGAUCUCUUCAGGAUACCAGACAAAUCCAAUUAUAUUGGGGAAAAUUUUGGUCAUAGGAAGCACAACGAAAUAUCUCAACCUAAAAGAACCAAUUUAAGGCAUUUUACCCCUAAUAGGGCACUGGUCUCAACUGCAGAUGAACAGUUACAUAAACACGUGUUAUCUGGACCUCUAAAUGCUGGAUAUGCGGUAAAUUCACUUCCUGCCUCUUUGUCUGAUGUCUUUCCACAUCCAAUACCGAAAAUCAAUGUUCCAUUGCAUCAGAGUAACAAUCAUCGCUCUAACUAUCAACAAGGGUACAGUCCAACUUAUCAUAGUCCCAAGUUGCUUUUUGUACAGUGUAACUAAGUCUAGAAUUUUCCAACUGUGGCAGUAUUAGUGACACCUCGUAAAGGAAUAAUGAUAAAUACAUUUCAAGAAAAACGAGAUGAUCAUUAAUUGUCUUUUAAAACGACAACAGCGCAAGAAUUAUUUUUACUAGUAAAAUACAUUGAUAUUAUUUUGUCAUUAUUUUCCCCGAAUAAUAUUUGAAAUUUUAGUUUAUUUAACAAAGUUCUUGCAAUAAGAAUAAAUUCAAACAGUGCGCACAUUUCCUCUCUAUUUUUGUUGCCUU